AUGAUUGACGACUUUAUAUCGCCCGGAAUGGAAGAAUUGGACAUGCCUGAUGUGUGGAUUCAACAAGACGGUCGAUAUGUUAGAAAGAAGGCUGUCGACUGGGAAGUAGAGAUAGUGGCCGUAAUUGGCAAAAAAGCCCAUCAAGUGAAGGCAGAAGAUGCUCUCGAUUACGUUUUUGGUUACACGAUAACGCAAGAUUUGACGGCGAAGGACUGGGUUAUGAGAAAUGGUGGCCAGCUGGUGAUGUGCAAGAAUUUCGAAGGUUUUUGUCCUUUGGGUCCUUGCAUAGUAACGAAGGACGAACUAGGCGAUGUCUACAACCUCUCGCUGAAAACGUGGGUCAACGGAGUGCUGAAACAGGAUGGUCAUUCUGACAAUAUGUUGCAUAGGGUGGACAAAACCAUCGAAUAUUUGUCAAGCGUUAUGACGUUACUCCCCGGGGACCUUAUAUGCACCGGAACACCGUAUGGAGUCGGGGCUAGCCAAAUUCCGCCUCAAUAUCUGAAGAAGGGAGAUCUCCUCGAGAGUGAAGUUGAGAAAAUUGGAAGAAUGGCAAACCGCAUUGUUUGAGCUAUCGAAUUUGUUUAAGAGUAGUUGUUUCAUUUGACAGAAUAAAAAAGUAUAUUUUUUAGUGAAA